AUGGCGAUCGAGAGGCCCAUACAUCCGAAGCCCGCCUCGAUCAGCCCGGAUCGGAAUUCAGGAACAAAGGUGUGGCUUUUUUCUUUGCUGCUGACGCUCCAGUACGGUGCUCAACCUCUCAUAUCUAAACGCUUCACCAGACGGGAAGUUAUUGUAACUUCAUCUGUUCUGGCUUGUGAGGGGGUAAAGGUGAUUUGUGCUCUGUUGCUCUUGGCUAGAGAUGGAAGUUUGAGAAAGCUAUGCAAAGAGUGGACGUUGAUGGGCUCUUUGACUGCAUCGGGGUUGCCGGCAGCCAUAUACGCACUUCAAAACAGCUUGUUGCAAAUCUCAUAUAGAAAUCUUGAUUCCCUCACGUUCUCAAUGUUGAACCAGACAAAACUAUUUUUCACCGCCUUGUUUACUUAUAUCAUAUUAAGGCAAAGACAGUCCAUUCAACAGAUUGGGGCUCUCUUUUUGUUGAUAAUAGCCGCUAUUCUUCUAAGCAUUGGUGAAGGUACCAGUACAGCAUCAAGCUCUCGUAAUCCUGAUGAAGUUUUGUUCUAUGGGAUUGUCCCUAUCUUAGUGGCUUCCUUGCUCUCAGGCCUGGCCUCUGCUUUGUGUCAGUGGGCAUCCCAGGUUAAAAAACAUACCUCAUACCUGAUGACUGUGGAGAUGUCUAUAAUUGGGAGUCUUUGCAUGCUAGCGAGUGCGUACAAGUCUCCUGAUGGUUUGGCUAUCAGACGGCAUGGCUUCUUUUAUGGGUGGACUCCUUUGACAUGGAUUCCUGUCAUACUCAAUGCUGUUGGUGGAAUUCUUGUUGGGCUUGUGACAUCGUAUGCUGGUGGUGUCCGAAAGGGGUUUGUUAUUGUUUCUGCCCUUCUGGUGACGGCCCUGCUCCAAUUCGUCUUUGACGGUAAACCGCCCUCUCCAUACUGCCUUGUGGCUUUCCCAUUAGUCGUCACGAGCAUAUCGAUCUACCAAAAAUACCCCUACCAUGUUAAAAAGAAGGCAUUAUGA